UGCAUGUACUUGCAAUUGUGACGCGGUAGAUGAAGCUACAUAAAAGUUCUAGCGAAAAGGUGUGCGGUUUCUGAUUUCAUUAUAAAGAGCAAUUGCUUUGUGGUUUUAGUGCGAAGCCAUUUGUAUUUCGAGUCUGUGCGGAAAACGAAACACAGAAUCAGUGAAAAUGAUGAACAAGAUGUUUUUCAUGCGCCUCAACACCGCCGGUGUUGUUAUCGGCUGGCUGGGUCUAUUGGGCUCCUUUGUAUUGACAUGUGUGCUGUCCGCCAUAUUGGGAUACUCUGAUGUGAUCGCCAAGAGUUUUGUGGAGAAGAUGGAGGUGACCGACCCGAAUGCCUAUGAAGAAAUUCAUAUGUUCCUUGUUGUGGUCUGCAGCGUCUACUUGGCCAUUAACGUACUCAAUUUGCUGGCAUCUGGCAUGCUCGUCUUGGGCACCAUGAAGGAACGUCACUUGAUGCUUCUGCCUUGGCUGAUCAAUGCCGGCCUGAGCAUGUUAGUUAACAUUCUCUAUGUUAUGGGAGGAUUCAUCGGCUUGUUUGCAUCUCCCAUGCCUGAACCCUAUAUUAACAUAGUCUUGUACACGGCUGUUGUAUUGGCAAUUCAAAUCUACAUUUUCUACGGCAUCUACUCUUUGUUCAAGCAAAUCCAGCAGAACAGCGAUCAGCAACGCCCAUUGAUCCAGCCACAGGCCGAAGCUGUGCCACAUCAGACAACCACUUAUCCCAACUAUACCAAAAUCUAAGCUCGGGGAAGAACCGCAAACGGAGCGAGUUUUUGCUGAUAGCAAACGAAGCGAAAGCGAUAACGAAUUGAAUUCAAAUAUAUAAAAAAUACAUAUAUAUUUUUGAUGUAACCCUAUACAUAAUAUUUCCUAAUACUAUCGUAUAUAACCAUAAAUAUGUAUUAUGAUCAAAUAUUUUUUGCCAUUUUUGGGCCAUUUAAAUUAAAGUCCCGCAAAGUUAGGGGGAAAAACAA